UAUAAAUACGAUAUACACGCUUAUUUUCAACCCCUCUUCACUCUCACUCUCUGGUCGCUCCGUACCCUUGUUUGGCCGCAGGAACCCUAAGAUCAGGAGCGAUCCGAGACAGAACUACUCUUUCAUCAUGUUGGUUUACCAGGAUCUCCUUACCGGUGAUGAGCUUCUCUCAGACUCUUUCCCAUACAAAGAACUUGCGAAUGGAGUCUUGUGGGAAGUUGAGGGGAAGUGGGUUGUGAAAGGAGCAGUUGAUGUAGACAUUGGUGCAAACCCUUCUGCUGAAGGUGGAGAAGAUGAGAGUGUUGAUGACCAAGCUGUUAAGGUUGUUGACAUUGUUGACACAUUCAGACUUCAGGAACAACCUGCUUUUGACAAGAAGCAGUUUCUUGUCUUUAUUAAGAGGUAUAUUAAGUUGUUGACACCCAAACUUAAUGAAGAACAACAGGAGGUGUUUAAAAAGAACAUUGAAGCAGCAACUAAGUACUUGCUCCCCAAGCUCAAGGACUUUCAGUUCUUUGUUGGCGAGAGCAUGCAUGAUGAUGGUGGCUUGGUCUUUGCCUACUACAAGGAUGGCGCUGCUGAUCCAACAUUUAUUUACUUCGCACAUGGUUUGAAGGAGAUCAAGUGUUAAGUGUUGUACUGCCCUAGGUUUUCUGCCCCUAAGUUAUCCUGUUUUUGUUCUACAUCAUGUCCUAUGUUACUUGAGAGUUGAGACAAUGAUUUGGUAUUUUUUAUAAUGGUUGUUUGCUCUUGAUUAUCAUUUCUAUUUAAUUUAAUCUGGUUGGAUAGAAUUCAUAAAGAAGAGAUUUUGCUUGUGUUUCGAA